UUGGGCGGUGCUACUUGCUGUGGCUGAGCAAAAUCCAAAAGCUUUUGCAUUGAAAUCCACAAAAUAACAAAUAAAACUAACCAAUCCAUAAGCUUCUCUUUAACUAUAAUCCACACAUUUCAUCUUUCUUGUUUUGAUUGGUUCUUUGCUCAACUUACCAUUUCUUGUCCCUUACUUCCAAGAAAUAGUGAGAAAAAUAAAGGGUAGUGGUCAAUUUUUUUAUUUUUUAUUUUAUUUUUUUGUGAUGAAGAAUUUAGGUGGGUGAUUGAAUAAAGGGACAACCCCACUUGUGUAAAACUUCCAUACUUCAAUCAUCCAUUAUUUUCUUCUUCAUUCAUCUCCAUUUUAUUGCUUCCUUUGUGUUUGUAUAAUUACCUCAAUUGGGAGUCUAAAUAAACACAUUCACCUAGUUUUGGUUUUUCAAAAUAUAAUCUUUGAUUAUUUCAAGAAAGAGGUUGAUGACCUUUAUUUGUUCCCCAUAAAUUUGUACUAUAAAAAGUUGGUAUUUUGGAUAAAAGGAGGGGUCUUUGUAUCUGGACAUAUCUCCUACUUUUUUCAUCAUUAGGGGAUUUUUCCAGGUGUCAGAGACCCAUAUCAGAUCUGUUUUCCCAUCUUAGAAUACAAAAAAAGGAAUAAAAAUCCAAUCUUUAUUGUGUAUAUGAACUGAUCUUGCACUCUCUACUGGAUUCUUGAUAUGGGAAUUUGAGAACAACAUAAAUAGAGUAGAAGCUUUCCACUAGCCUUUUGCUCUUGUGUCUAAAUUUGUGUGACCUCUUUUCCAUUGUUUUGUUUCUUUUUGCUCAUAAGAAUAAAAGAGCUGUGUAUAUAGUAAGAGUUUACUUAGUUAAAGCUUUGUUUUAGUCCAUUCCUCUCGAGCCGAGGGUCUUUCGAAAUCAGCUUCUCUAUCUUCCGGAGUGAGGGUAAGGCGUGCGCACACACUACCUUUUCCAGACCCUACUUAUGGAAUUUCACUGAAUUUAAUUGAUUGAUUUUGUUUUUAGUCAAUCUUGUUAGACUUUUGGUGAGGCCCACUCUUUGUUUUGGUGGGCUUCAUCAAACCAAUAGAAGGAUAAAACCUGUAUUUUUGGAAGGGGAUUGGUGGGGAUCCCCUUUAUCUCCUUUUUAAGUAGAGGUUGUAGUUUAAUAAUUGUUAUAUAGUAGGAGAAAGAGGGUAAAAACAAAUGAGUUUCUAUUUAUUUACCUAACUUUUGAUCUUCUCCCCCACAUGAUUUAUGCUUAAAUUGAGUCAUCAAAAACCUUUUUUCAAAUGCUUUUCUUAUUGAUAACUUGCUUCACCUUCAUCACUUUCCUUUAUAAGUCUCUUUCCCUUAAACCACUUCCCUUAUGGAGUUCUGAGGUGAGAUUAUUAUCAAUCUAUUUUUGGAAAGAUUUCUUGAUUUUGAACCCUUUCAAGAAAGGAUUUUUAGAAGCUGGUUUUAUCCCUUUUGUUACCUCAAGAAUGUCACUUAGGAGCAAGAAUUUCAGCUCUAGAGUAGAGAAUGUUGAUCCAAAUUUAGAAAUGUCUAUUCUUGAUUUGCCUGAAUUGGCUUUGGAUUGUAUUCUUGAAAGGCUUCCCCCUGAGGGACUUUGCAAUAUGGCCAGUGUUUGUAGUUUUUUGAAAGAGAAAUGUAAAAGUGAUUAUCUUUGGGAAAGACAUAUGAAGGAAAAAUGGGGUAGAGUUAUUGGACCUGCAGCUUAUAGGGAAUGGCAGUGGCAUAUUGCUUCAAGAAAUGAUUCAAGUUUCUUUAACCAAGCUAAACAAAGAGGUUUUAUGACUUACCUCUCUCAGUUAUGGCCUAUUUCAUUAGUUAGUAGAUCUAAUUCUAGCAUUAGUAUCAAGAAAAAACAUACCCCAUCUGUUGAUUCAGUUAUGUCUUGGUAUCUUGCUCUUGAAUCUGGCAAGUUUUGGUUCCCUGCUCAAGUUUACAAUCGCGAGAAUGGGCAUGUUGGUUUUAUGCUAUCUUGCUAUGAUGCUGAGCUUAGCUAUGAUCCAAGAACUGACACUUUUCAGGCCAGAUAUCCUCCACAUGGAAGGAGGGCAAUUGCAAUAGAGACAGGUGUAACAUGGGAUAGAUUAAGAGCUCCCCCUCUUGAUACUUCUCCACAUGAUCUUUAUAUCUCUGAUUGCUUGACUGAAUUAUGCCCUGGUGAUCACAUUGAGAUUCAAUGGAGAAGAAACAAGGAAUUCCCUUAUGGCUGGUGGUAUGGUGUUGUAGGCCACUUGGAAACAUGUGAUGGAAAUGAGCUUUACUGCCGUUGUCAUGAUAGUGAUACUGUAAUGCUAGAGUUCAAUCAGUAUACACCUGGAUCGCGGUGGAGAACAACAACCAUUGAUAGGAAAGAUCAUCGCGAGGAAGGAAAUGAAGCUGAUGGAUUUUAUGGAGGAAUUCGGAAGCUUCACAGCAAUGAAGAAAUUGCUAUGUGGAGACACCUCUGGCCAACCGAUACGUUGGAGUAAGUUGAAAAAGAGUAUUUGGAAUUUACUCGCAUCAUUGUUGGCAAAAAAUCGCCAUUACAAAAGCUCAUUUGGUCCAUCAGAAUGUGAAAAAGUUACACGAGAACUUAGAAGUUCACUUCCACUAGCAUUUUCAGUCCCUAUUUUCAAU